AUGCCCAAUUACCUGAACGUACCAGGAAUGGGAUCAAGAAGGAGAAGUGAGGGCUGCAUCGCUGAGGCGUUCCAGUCCAACUUGUUCCAAAGCAGAAACAAACUCGGUCAAAACUUGAAUAGAAUCAGGAACAAGACGAGCGAAGAGGAGGAUGGUUGCGAGCAUCGACCGAACGGACUCGAGAGCAAUCUUCUCGAGGUGUUGAGGAAAAACUAUGACAUUGUGAGCGCACUUGCUGAUAUCGAUUCAUCCGAAGUUGGAAACCAUACAAACUACACACAACAGAUGCGAGGUCCUGUGCCGCGGAUUUUUUCCGCUUCACCGAAACCAUUGGUACUUCGUCAACACAAUCCCUACUCGAAAUGCUGUUUUGAACUUGAAAACGUGUCGAUUUCCUCAACCGAUACAGAAGGGGAACCAGCCGAAUCUCUCUUUGGACGGCUAUCGAACGAGGUGAAAUGGUUCCUGUACGAUAUUGCUGAGGCAUUCGAAGCUCAAUACGAACAGCCGAAACCGACAACAACGGAGAAUCAGCGGUUGUCCGCCAUUGCGCUGAGGCGGGACCUUAAAAGAUGUUACAGCUUCCUCCAUCCACUCGUCGAAGUCGGCGCUGCAUUAUACGAUACUCUUCUCUGGAAAAAUCCCAUCAACACCCUGUUGUUGGCACUUGUGUACUCGUACUCGAUUGUUCGUGGAUGGACCGCAUCACUGGUCCUACUCCUACUAUGGACUCAACUUUCUCUCAAUUACCUUAAAGCAACUAAGAACAUCGACAUCGGUUUAUAUUUUUUACCUCGUAAGGAGGUUGCUAUGCCAAAAUUCGACAUCACCGGUGCGCAGCUGAUUUUCGAUGUGGCUAAAUUCGCACAGAAAUUGUUGAAUUUUUCCGCGAAUCUUCUCGAAAAAUGGCAUAGCUUAUUAACAUGGAGAGACGUCAAUGUAACGUUGGUGUUUUACUGUCUGGUAAUUUAUUGGCUAGCCUUAUCCAUGAUAUUCAACACAGGAACAUGUCUGGGAAUGUGUGGACUCACUAUCGGAGUUCGUAUAUUCAUCACCACAUAUUUAUUUCAUCGUUUUCCACGUUUGAGAAAACGACUCGACACGUACGGUUGGUUUUAUCGUAAUCUUCCGGUGAAGACGAUGCGUGAAGGAUCACCGACGUUUAUCGCAACUAUUGAUGGACUUCCAGCCACAACAAGCAAAACAAAUUCCCCAAUGCCUCGUCGUUCAAUUAACGUUAAUGGACUGUUUACUUCACGUCUUGGAUCGAAUUUUAAUUUGGACACUACCGGAUCCCAGCACAGUCUUCUUUCACAGAAACGUGGAUCAGCGUUCAGUUUGUACAACCUCGUCCCAAGAGGAUCGUUGUCAAAUAUACAAGCUAAUUUGAAGGGAUCAACGGAUUGUCUUAGCGAACGUGCGAGUCCAACCGUUUCUCAACCACGAACCCAAUGGCUCAAUAAUAAUGGGAAUGUGGAGAGUUUCGAUUGUAAUGCGAUUCCAUCGAAUACACGUGCGAGUCGACCUGGGAUAUCACCGCUGGCUGUUAAAGCCACCAGUCCCUCACCGCCACAGGAUCCUCCGCCGUGUGAAACCACGUCAUUGGGGACAGAAGAAGACGAGUUAACGGAAUCUUCUUCAAGUUUGUCCACCUAUACGAGUGGAGACGAAGAAUCCGUACAUGAAGACCUCAUUGGGAAUGUUUUAGCUUAUCGCAGUUGUGUGAUGAACGACAAAGAACGAUCAUUCCCUAAGGGGAUCUCCUCUGGGAUACUAUACCUCACCGAAAAUGCUCUAAUCUACCGUACCAAAUCAACUCACGAUGAUCGUACACCUACUGUAAUGCUUUUCGCUGACAUUAUAUCGGUAAAAAAGAUCCAAUCACUUCGCACAAUGGGACUUCUAGCUGGUACAAGAAAAUCUCUGGAAAUUAUUCUGGAAGGCAGGAAAAAACCACUUCAAUUCAUUGGACUCGCUCAACGAGAUGAUUUCUUUGGACGAAUAGAGUCUGUUUGCGAGAGAAUGGAUGCACGGAUUCAUUUUCUUUGA